CUGCGCAUUCGCCGAAGAAGGACCAACGAUUCGUGUGACGUAUUUCUUCCGCGCCUAGGCAAGCGGUAGCGUUGAGGAAAACAAAUGAUCUAAUUUUGUUCAUAUGUCUUUUUAUUGAAUUCCUGCAUAUAUACUUGAAUUUCUUCAUCAGGACAGAUUUCACGAAGACGCUCAGUAUGGCGUUAAAAUCUGGAGAGGAGCGCCUGAAGGAGAUGGAGGCAGAGAUGGCGCUGUUUGAGCAGGAGGUGUUGGGAGGACCUGUGGCACCUACAGUUGUUGAAGCUGUGCCAGUCGCUCUGGCAAUGCCAGCCGUACCCAUCGUCAGGCCCAUCAUUGGUACAAACACCUACAGAGAGGUCCAGCAGAGUUUGGAGGCAAGAGCUGCCACUUUAGUUGGUCCACCACCUGCAUUUGUUGGUCCUGCUAUGCCGGCAGUAGCGCCUCCUCCAAUGAUGCGUCCAGCAUUUGUCCCGCACGUCUUACAGAGACCAGGGGGUCAGAGAAUGCCAGUGAUGCGUGGUCCACCUCCUCAGGGUAUGAUAGCGCCUCCUCUUCCCAGACCUCCACCUCCUCCACCCAUGAUGAUGGCUCCUCCUAUGUCAGGACCUCCUCAGCCCCCUAUGGCUCCAGUUGGACCACCCAUGGGACCCAUGCCACCAGUUGGAGGCAUGAACCCCAUGACUUCAGCACCACCACGGCCCAUGCCUCAGGACCCUCCGAAAAUCAGUCCCAGUGUUAUACAGGCAGCCCCUACUGUUUACACAGCGCCUCCUGCACCUAAGAGAGCUGACCUCAAGAGCCAGAAACAAGCACGCAUGGAGGAGUUGUCAGCGUUGGUGGCGGAGCAACAGGCUGCAGUUAUGGCAGCUGGGCUGCUGGACUCAAAAAAGGAGGCAGUCAAUGAUGACAGCGUGAUCGGACCGAGCAUGCCGGAGCCUGAGCCUGCACAUGUGGAGCCUCCUGAUACUAGCACAGAAGAUAAGAAGAAAGGAAAACAGGAAAAGGUCAAGAAAUGCAUCCGGGUAGCAGCUGGUGUCACAUGGGAGGACACCAGCCUAUUAGAGUGGGAAUCAGAUGAUUUCCGGAUAUUUUGUGGUGAUCUGGGAAAUGAAGUGAAUGAUGACAUUCUGGCGAGAGCAUUUAGCCGUUAUCCGUCCUUCCUGAAGGCGAAGGUUGUUCGAGACAAACGCACUGGGAAAACAAAGGGUUACGGCUUUGUGAGCUUUAAAGAUCCCAAUGAUUAUGUGCGCGCCAUGAGAGAGAUGAACGGGAGGUAUGUGGGAAGCCGACCUAUCAAACUGAGAAAGAGUUCAUGGAAAGAUCGCAAUCUGGAGGUUGUGCGUAAGAAACAGAAGGAGAAAAAGAAGUUGGGACUGAGAUAAUCCAUCUGUAUUGAAACUGUGGACUUUAUUUUGUGUGUGUGUCACCCAGGACCUAUGUAAUGGAGUAGAAGUCACUCAAGCUCCUGCAGUAGUUGCAAAUAAACAAGCGUCAGCUUCUUAUAUGGCCCUUAUAACUAAUAAAUCUACAUUUAUUUCCAUGUGUAUUAUCACACACUGACCUCUCCCCUUCUCUCCGCAUGCUGAAAAAUCACACAAAUUCUUUCACUUGUUGAGAGUUUUUUUUAAACACAUAAAGUGUGGUAAUGAAACUGGCUUGGAUGUUGAAAAUGUUGGUUUUGUUUUCUUCCUCAAUUUCUCACAGAAGCAACUAAGGUUAAACUUUAGGAAGGCAGUUUUGAUUUGUUGCUAUAUAAGUUGGAUGUUUAAAGUAGUAUGUGUAAAAAGGCAAAUCUUUUCAAUAAACUGAGGAGUUUCUUUAGUUUAAAUUCUUACCUGUUUUAUAACAUUUCAAUUCAAAACAUUCAACUCAACUGAUUAUUCUGAAAACAACCAGCAGGUGGCAUCACAAAGUUGUUAUUUUGUACUGAAUGGUCUAUAUUUUUUAGAACAUCUUGUAAAUGUUAUUAAUGCAAGUCAAAUGCACAAACACAAUUAUAAAAAUACCAUUUCUGCAUUAGUUUGGAAAAGCUCUCAUAGUUACUGGUAGUAGCUAACUAGAUGUUUUUUUCUCCUAACCACACACGCCCACUUGCAUGUAUUUCUAAAAGACUCAUUUCCUAUAGCUGGUGUCAAAAAAAAGCAGAAAUGGCUCGUCCAUCAACCUGUCUGACAAACAACUGAGAAUAUACACACAUCUCAACACCAAGAGAAAAUGCAACGUAGAGCCACAUGUGAGUUUUUAAUUCUUAAUCAAAAUUAGGACAGCUCUUUAUUUGAAGUUUAAUGUUGUCAGAUUGUUUUCAGGAACCUGAUUAAAAAUAUACUUGUGUUGUGUAAA